UCGAUAUCCCCACGACCCGACGACGUUUUAACGAACAAAUCGUUCGUUUCUUUUCCAUUUUCCCAACGAAUUCUAAUCGCAAAAAACUUUUUUUUUUAAACCAAAAAAUUAAUUUUUUAAAUCGCAAUUAUUCAAUAACAACAAUAAAUUGCAAUCGAAAUGUCUACGGGAGAGAAUUUAGGGGCUCCUGUCGGAGACGAAGGGAUCGUUGGGGGGCCCAGAACGCCGCAGCAAGUGGCCGCCCAAAAACGGUUGCAACAAACCCAGGCGCAAGUUGAUGAAGUCGUCGAUAUUAUGAAGACGAACGUUGAGAAGGUUUUGGAGAGAGACCAGAAGCUAUCGGAGUUGGAUGACAGAGCUGAUGCUUUGCAACAAGGAGCUUCACAAUUUGAGCAACAAGCCGGAAAAUUGAAAAGAAAGUUUUGGUUGCAAAACUUAAAGAUGAUGAUAAUCAUGGGAGUUAUCGGCCUGGUGAUUCUUGUCAUUAUAAUCAUGAAAUUUAUGCCAGAAAAUAACCCACCGCCUGUACAAUACGCGCCGCCCCCGCAAAUGCAAUAUCCGCCACAGCAGGCGCCGGCAGCUACGCCACCCCCGGCCACCAGCGGCUAAACGAGAUUACACCCACUCGGAAAACCUAAUUAAAUUAAAAAAAAA